AUGAUAUCGUCGUUUAUUGAAGAUUUCGCUCUGAUGCACGCGGCCGUAUUUGGAAAUGUGACCACAUUGAUUCAACGCAUGUAUGCCAGACGAUCAGCGUAUCAAACAAAAAACCAAGAUUUGAAAGACUUCACUCGGGCUCAUCACAUUCCGAAGCCACUAAAACAACGCAUGUUGGAAUUCUUCCAGGCCAUGUGGGCAAUCAAUCGAGGUAUUGACAAAGAAGCGAUUAUGCAAUCGUUUCCGGAAAAUGUUCGAGGAGAUAUUGCUCUGCAUUUGAAUCGGGAAAUGCUUUCACUACCAAUCUUCAAAUCAGCCAGUCCUGGGUGUCGCAAAUGUCUAGCUCAACUGAUAACAACCCGUUUUGCAACACCCGGAGAGUAUUUGGUCAACCGAGGUGACCUGCUCCGUUACAUCUUUCUUGUGUGUAGUGGAUCUUUGGAAAUUCUUGGCCCUGAAGGAACGGUUGUCGGUUUGCUGGGUAAAUGUGAUAUUUUUGGCAGCGAUAUCGAUGAACGUCCGUCGAUCGGGUUCUCCGCUUACGAUGUCAAAUCACUCACCUAUUGUGAGUUGCAAUGCUUGGCGCUGGACACAAAUUUUCUUCAGCUACUCAAUGAGUAUCCCACAUUCCGAAAAGAGUUUGCCGCUUCGUUACAUGAAGAACUGUCUUUCAAUAUUCGAGAAGGUUUUGAUCCGAGUGUAGCUACAUGGAAGCGGGCACACAUGCGUCCCGGUUUGGAUUGUCCUCCGGUUGAUCAGGCGCAGUUGGAGUGGACUCAAGUGCCAACCAAUUCAAUCUCGUUGGAACCGGAGCUGUCUCAACGUCUGGAUUUCAUUGAUAGCCAAAUACCAAGCAGUUCUGUGGGACAUCAUUCCAGACCAGAAAGCUGGGUGAAGCAUUCGGCUGUUUUUGAUCAACCCUCUCCGCAUGGUAGUGAUAUGUUGUCGUGGUCGGCAGUUCCACAUCUGGUUUCAGCUCACUCCUGUCCCGACCUAAAUCAGGGGAGGCCCAAUUCAGGUACAAAGGCUAGGCAACAUCUAUGGGCACAACGAUUCAGUCGGCGAACCAAUCAGACGAAUAAUCCGACAGAGUUUUCACCUCUGGGGCAAUCGUUGGACAAUGCGGUUGACAAACAAGUCACCAGUUGCUCAAAUCAUCUGUCAGAUUCGCCAGUUGUCGUGUAUAACUUCUUGAAUCACAUUCAUCAAGAAUUGCGCACUAUGCGCAAAGAUAUUCAAUGGAUAACGCGACACAUCACGUCGCUUCAAACUGAAGUGAGGGAAAUGAAAUCGCCAACUGGUGCUUUCCUCAGAUCUCCCAAAUCCCCCCGCUCAAUUCCCACACAAACCUCACUAUCACCCUCAUCCGAGAAUCCGGGAAAACCGAUCAUUCUGAAUAAGAACUUCAGUGAGUAUUCCGGAACAAGAAACGACUCGUUGAAUACUUUGGUCAUGUGUGACGAUAUAGUGACCUCAGAUACCAGUCCAACAGAUAGAUGUCAUGUAAGCAACCACGGUUCUAUCCUGUCCAACGCAAGCCACUUGGACUCACCGAGGCAGGCGAGCGAUCAUAAGGUCGUGAAAUUUCAGUUGCCCCCCAGACGCACACUGACCAAACAACACAGUGGUCAUCUUGGUUCACGCAGUAGACAUUCGGCCAAUCUGCAUUUGAACGAACGAGGUCGUAUUCGAUCCACGGAAUCCGAUAACUCACUUCCUCGGCUAGGAGGUGUGUUCAAGCGGGCCAGUAGUCCGGCACCACCGUAA